AUGCAAUAUGGAAUUUGGAGGAGUUCAAGAAAAAAUCGGAGCAAAAUAAAAAAAAAAAAUAGGCGUAAAGAUGUACUAGGUGGAAAAGCCCCACUUACUCAUAAUGGCGGAUCGACUUCACAUCAACAAGUUGCAGCCGACAUGGAGGAAUAUACGGGACAAGCUCCAUCAUGCUAUGAUGUAUUCAUGUUUACUCAUACUAAGGAUCAUGAUGGAAAGACGUUUCAAGUUGACAAAGCUAAAGAAGUUCAUGAUUUGUUUGUGUCACGACGUGCGGAUUUGGCACUGCUGGGAGAGGAAGUUGAUGAAAGUGAACUAUUUUAUACAGUUGUUGGAGGACAUGACCGUAAGAGAAGAAUUUAUGAGCUUGGAUCAUAUGGCAGGUCCAUUUUGCCUGAAAUUUCUUCUCAAACAUGCACUUCACCGGAUACAACUUCUGAAAAACAUCAUAUUGAGACCAAGAUUCAAAAACUAGAGGUAACCAUAGAGCAACAAAGGAUGGAGUUGAAUGAUGUGAGAAACAUGAUAAAUGAUAUAAGAAGCACAAAUAACCAGUGA